AUCAUAGCCAGUGUUGGCUGAAGAAAGGAUAUGGUGAGGUAGCAGAAGGCGAUAGCUCUCUCGAGCUCAGAUGUUCGUGUAUUUUACACCCAGAGUUGUGAGGAGGAGAGACUUUACCGUCCAGGCUGAAGUAGCGGACUGUGCCUUUGUUUUUGUAGCAGUUAAUAAGCUGAACUGCCGUCUUUUACACGGCGUUCCAGAGGUGUCCAGAGAGUUAUAUACAACUCGGCUAGAUUUUGUUAUUUCACCAUCUUAGUGAAAGCCCUACUUCACAUCAUGAUUCCAGAACGACCGAUGGAGACAAUGAACCCAAUACCUGUGCCAGCUUCAAGGCCAACCUCAUUGUUGUUAGAAAAUUGUUCAUACGAACUCAGUCUGAGUUUGAAAAUGAAUGAUUCUAACAACAAUGAGACCAGCAAAGCACGGAAGAAGAAGAGAAGAGCAAGGGACCGACAAGAACGUCAUUUCCAUGACAUAUAUAAGCCAACAGGAGAGAUCUUAGGGAAGGGAGCAUAUGCAUCAGUGCGGACCUAUGUCAAUGAUCACACCCAGAAGCAGUAUGCAGUUAAGGUGAUAGAAAAGAGUCAAGGGAGGCUACGCAGCAAGGUGUUCAAGGAGAUCGAGAUAUUCCAUCAGUGCCAGGAUAACCCUAACAUCUUACGCCUUGUUGAGUAUUUUGAGGAGGAGGAAAGGUUUUAUUUAGUCUUUGAGAAAAUGUAUGGUGGUACCUUGCUGGAGAACAUUGAAGGGCGAGGCCAUUUGACUGAGCGAGAAGCAAGUUUGGUUGUGAAACAUAUUGCCAUUGCCUUGAACUGUUUACAUUGCAAAGGUAUUGCUCACAGGGAUUUGAAGCCUGAAAACAUCCUGUGCGAACAGGCGGGAGAGGUGGUGCCGUUGCGUAUCUGUGAUUUUGACCUGGCCAGCGGAGUGAUGUUUGAGUCGGACAGUGAGGCCGUGACAACACCUGAGCUACAGACUCCAGUAGGCUCAGCCGAGUACAUGGCCCCGGAGGUGGUGGAUGCCUGGGUCGGGGAAUCCUUCUCCUAUGACAAGAAAUGUGAUCUCUGGAGCUUAGGAAUAAUAUUGUACAUCAUGUUAUGCGGCUACCCUCCAUUUUAUGGGCAGUGCGGAGAGGACUGUGGCUGGGAGAAGGGUGAGGCCUGUGAGGAGUGUCAGGAGAGUCUGUUCAACCGCAUCCAAGAUGGUAUCUUUGAGUUCCCCGAGGGAGAUUGGGCUGUGAUAUCCGAAGAUGCGAAGGAUUUGAUCAGACACCUGUUAGUACGAGAUCCUGCCAUGCGAUACUCAGCCGGAGAUGUCCUGUGUCACCCCUGGGUGGCCAACUCCCCAGCAGCAACCCCACUUCUGACGCCCAGACUUCUCCUCAGGCAUAACAGCACUAAGGAUUUGGAGUCAUUUGCCGACGCUGCCAUUUCUAUUAAUCGUAUGAUGCAACAACACCUGGCCAUAUCGGACCUACACCCUGAUGUGCCGCGAUUCUUUGUUGGAGACGAUGACAAGCCCCUGAAGGAUAUCGACGAUGACGACAAUGACAGUUGUGAUGAGGGCAUCUGCCUGCCCCCUAUGAGCCUGUCCCCUCCCUCAUCAAGUUUAGCCAAGCGACGAGCGCAGCGCAACAGCCAAAGCAGUUGCAGCAGUGAUUUUGAAGGAUCUCAAACCUCAAUUGAUUUCUUCCCGUAAACUCAGGAAAAUCCCAUCUCAUUUGCUCAUACUUUCAUCAUCCAUUUGACCGAUUUCAUUUUGUUUCAUUUUUUUCUCCUUCAUCAAUUCCAUUUUCAUCAAAUGAAUGAACAUUUUUUUUUUUUUUGGCCUUGGUUGUGAAAAGGGUGUUCAUGGACUUGUAAAUCCUUUCUGUUGGAACUUAAGUUGCAUUAAGAUCACUGUGCUUAUUUAUGAGAUGUGUUAAUUGGUUUUGAUUUGUCUAUGAAUGGAGUGGCCUGAAGGUUGUUUUGGUUUCUCCAUGGGUAAGAUGCAGGCCCUCUUCUGCCCAGCCAUCAUGUCCAGACACCGAACAUUGUCCUCAUGCUAUGGGGUGUGACCAGCAGCCAGUCUGCUGGAACUUGUUCUGUGACUGUCGGUGCUAAAGGGUCAGCAGGGGGAACAACUGCAUAAACAUUUAGUUUCCGUACAUUAUUGUGGUCACACACUGUUAUCAUCGCACAAGGAAAAAGAUGUGAGCAUUUGUUAAACAUAAUACUAUAUCUAUAUACAUUUUGGUUGACAUGAAACAUAAAGACUUUAGUUAUCGUUGUACAUGUAAGAUACAAAAUAUUUGUCUAACUUUGCUAAAUACCAAAUCCAAGUCUUCAUUUGAGAUGGCCCUGUGCAUAAUACCAUGGAAAAAUCCAAGCUAACUAUUGUGAUUGAUAAAACUUAUACUGUUCGUGAGCAGGGGCAUUUUAUUUUCGUGUAAAUCCAGCAUUGAAUGGGUCAUAGUUGAACAGUUCAGCUCAAAAUGUACAAGUGAAAGAUUGGUCCCAUUCCCAUUUACAUAUGCAGUAAUACCAGUCAUACCCUUUUUCAUUGAUAUCAAAGGACAAUCAAAUAUCCUUGUACACAGUUUCCUGAUGUGGGGUUCCGUGAUAGAAUGUCUACCUCUGAGAGUGCGCUGUGACUGACCUGCUAGAUUAAUGCUGUCAACGGAUAAAUGUACUAGAUCUAAAUAUGUAUUCUAUAUAAUAGAACCGAUGUGGCCUAUACAUGUAUGACUGAGGUGUGUAAAUGUGACAGAUGAACUGAUUGUGAUUGGUCACCUCAUCACAAACAGUGCUUAAUUUGCCCUUCAAAAGUGCAAUCUUUGGCAUCCAAUAAGCUUCACAUGUUUUUUGGCAGUGUUCCAGCAGUGUAGUUUUAGCUUGCUUAAAAUUUUUGCCAAAAUAAUUGCUCCACUAUUCGGUACUAGUGGCAUACUGACUGAGCAUUAUUUGCUAGAUGUGAGCAGUAUGAAGAAUUUCUGUCUUCUGGAUAGUUCCUGGGACCAAUAUUGUGAACUUGUGGUAUGCUUUAUAAUAAUAGCCCUGGCUCAUUUAUGUAUAAUAGCAGAGUUGUGCUACACAUAAUAUUUUUUUAGAAGAUUGAGAUUGUACUUUUAUAUGCUUUUUGUACUUGUAGAUGUGUAUUUCAAAGCUGAGCAGCUUUUUCUGUUAAUUUUUUUUUUUUUUUUUGGCUUGGUUCGGUUGAGUGAUUGAAACGCAGUUUGAAUUUUGCUAGAUUACUCUGCGUACUAGCAGGUUUUGCAAGCAUUUGGUAUGAUAGUGGAUAUUUGGACUGAUAUUUGAUUGUACAUGUAUUCAUGUAUAUGCAUGCAUAUGAAGUUAUUAUCGAUGUUGCUGCAGAGUCCAAAGCACAAGAUGAGUGAAUGCAACAGUAUGUUUGAACAUGUGACAACUGCCUGUGUGCAGAUGACUGCUAUUUAUGAAGAUGUAAAAUAUAUUGUACCAUACUAUUCCUCAACACGGCUGUCUUGUCAAAGAACAACCUUGUCAUGGGGAAUAGCUUGUAGUCAGUUAUUGACACCCAACUGCCAGUAUUGAAAAACACUUCAGCCAUUUACCAGAAUAGUAGUAGGCCUAGACAUGGGUGAGGGUGAUAGCUACUUACUUGAGGCACCCUUUUUCACAAGACUAGCUGUGACCAUCUCCAUGCAUAAUGUUAAAACUGCGAAUGGAGACCCAUAGCAUGGGGUGUUUGGUCAAAUUGUUCACUUGUUGGAAGGUUUACUUUUUUGCCUCUCUGGUCUUUGGUUGAACUGUAUUGUGAUAAUGAUAUGAUGUAGAGCAAUUGUGAUUUUCUGCUCAAAUGACAUUCCCAUCUGUAUUAACGUAUCCCAGGCCUAAUUUUGUUCACCUAGUCUCCCCUGACUUCCUGGCAAGCCUAAUUUCCAUUGUUUUCACAUGCUUUGAUGCUCACUCUGACCAUGUGGUUGAUGGACAGAGCAAAGAAAUUGUUAGAUAAUUCUCAAAGCAACCCUUGUUAUUUGUAAUACUCAGGGAAUGUAAUAGCAUACAUGCACUUUCAUGUUACAAUAGAAUCUAUAGUGCCAAAUCUCUUUCACAACUGUGCAGACACGAGGCCACCAGAAAGCAGCCUGUCUAAUAGUCCUGGUCAUCUACAGGUUUUCAUGUGCUCCUUGUCCCAUUGCCAGCUAUCAUCUUCCGCCAGGCAAUACAAGCAGUCCAGAGUAGAGGUUAUUUUCUUGAAUCUCAGCAUGGCUGAGUUCCAGGCUGCAGUGUUCCCCCCAAUAUGUCUGGAUCCAGCUACGCAUUUAUGUUGUUAAAUUGAAACGCCAGUUGUUAAGGGACUGGUAACAGAGGAGGGAUUCGUUUUCUUUUUGUUUAUUUUUUUACCCAGUGAUUGUGUUUGCUAAGUCAGUUAUGCAUCGUCAUUAAGUGCAGGAGUAUCCUUAAUAUACAAAUGAAUAUCGUAUAUGUUAUUGAUUACUGUUAUGUAUGUGACUAGUACAAGGCUGAUCUUCCCUCAAACCUAAAGCUGUAUGUUUACACGAACAUGGCAACUGCAGACUGCAGGUACGAGAUACAACCUAUGGACUAUAUAUCAUUAUACCUAUAACUGUACUCCUGUUUCUUUUGGCUUUAUUUUACGCUAAUCUCGUCACGAGAUUAACACGACGAUACCUGUUCAGUUUGUGACGAAGUCGUCUGUGUAUGCUGAUGAAAAUAAACGUUUCGACCUUUUGGAA